AGCGUUUUUGGCUCCAUCACGCGGGUACAGCCCCCCUUGGCUGCGAGAUGGCAGACAUCGAAGACUUGAAGAUCGAGUGCCAGAGCAUUUCAUCUGGGUCAUCCAGUGACUCGGACUCCGGCUCCGACUCUAGCGAUUCAGAUUCCAGCUCCAGGUCUUCCGAAUCGGAGCUUCCACAGAAGAAGCGCAGAAGAGGACGACCCGAGCGACCGCGCAAGAGCUACCGUGUAGCUAAAUCUUUGGAGCGUCCACCUGGCAACUGGAGAGCACGUGCAAGGUCUGAGGACCAAGGCCGUCGCGACUACCGUGAUUUCCAUCGCGGCCACCAUGACCAUCACGACCGCCAUGACCACCGCGACCACCAUGACCGCUAUGACCGCCGCUACGACCACCGUGACCGCCGUGACGUCCGCGACUUUGACCGCGCGCGGUCUGGGUCCCCCAGCCGCAGGCGCUCGGAGGCCCGCGGCGCCUCGGACGCCCGCCAUGCGCGUGGUGCGGGCGACCGCGCUGACCGGGACUGGCGCUUGCCACUGGCCAGGCACCGGCGCUUCCGGAGCGACUCGCCUCGCUACCGAGCGCGAGCACGUCAAGUGCCUCCAAGCGACAAGCCCAGGAGGUUUGGCAUGAAAGUCUUGGAGGAGGACCGAGAGAUGGCAGCAAGGAAUCCGCCCCUUUUUAUCUCAUGUUCUCGGCGCACUGAUGUGCCUUGGGGCUUCCUGCGGCAAUAUCUCACUGGUUUCGAGGAUGGCUUCCUUUACAUAGCCUCCGGGCCCAGGAAGAAUCCGGUGGUGCGGGCUGUGUGCGUGCAGCCCUACGACAGGGAGACUGGCAAGGGUGUGCUAUGUGUCAGCUGGUGGUCCAAGAACUACAAGAAGUGGAUUGCAGCAUGGCAGAAGCCUAACAGCGUGCUGCACCGCUACCCGGUGAACCUCUUCAACUUCACGGUGAACUCUGACAAUCCCACACUUGAGCCAGGGGUGGACACCAGCUUGCCGGAGCGUUUGGGGCAGCUCACCUGGCUGGCCCAGGCCUUUGGGGCCCACGCGCUGAUCCCACGCUUCGAUCCCAUUGUCCACUACCGCAACAUCGUCGGGGGCCAAGUCAUGGACAACCUCCACGACUUCGAGGUGAUCGUCCGACAUGUGGGCAGCUUAGGCAUUGACAACAUCGUCUUCAGCUUCUGCCAGGCAUACCCCAAGUCCGUGCGCAACAUGAGGGAUGUGGGCCUGGAGUUGGUGACGUUGUCGCGUGCGGAGCAGUGCGCGGUGUUGGACAAGCUCAUGCCGAUGGCACACCGAUACGGAGUGCAGAUGCGGUGCUGUGGCGACAAGGGCCUGGUCGGGUAUCCCAUCACUCAGAGUGAAGUCGAGGGCAUCGUGAGUGCUGCUCAACGUGAGGAGCACCGAGGGAACUUCCCGGUGAUUGGCCAGUCUCGGUGUGUGGAUGCCCGCCUGGCAGAUCGCAUCGCGAAAGAGAAGGGCAUCAAUGUCUUCAUGUCUAUGGCCAAGGACCUUAGGCAGCGGAAGGAAUGCGAGUGCACUCGCUCCACUGACAUUGGGCAGUACACACUCCAAUGCCCACAUGGCUGUGUGUAUUGCUACGCAAAUCCCCUGAGACGGCGUGGCAACGUGGCCCAAACCCAGGCACCAAUUGCCUUUCCAGACCACGCAGCGCCAGCUGCCCCACCCGCCCCACCUGCCCCAGCUGCACCCAGCGGCUUCCUAGGUUUCUGCCCCCCGGCAAUGCCACCCGCCCACAUGACCUACGCACCUGACAUGACUCAAGCAGUGUGGCCGGCUGGAUUGAUGAGCUAUGCGGCAGCAGAUCCGGCAGAGGUCAUGGCCAAAUUGGGAUGCCACGUGCCAUCUAUGGGCUCAUUUGCUGCAAACGAGCCACCGAUGAGCGCGUGAGUGAGCCCAAGUUGGGAAAUCAUGCUGAAGACUGAACGGAACUCAUCUAUCUGUGGCAGGCGUGCUGCGCAGCAUGCACGCUUUGCAGUGUAGAUGCAGUGCUUCGGUCAGUGUACCGGAUGUACACCAGAUGGCUGAAUGUAUAUUCACGUUUCGCUUUUCCCUAGCAAUUUUGAGCAUACGAUGCCCAGCUCUUUGACUUCUACUAUCAUCAUGC